AUGCAAUUUGACGUUUUCGAAAAGUUAAGUGAAUUAGAAACAAAGAUUCACUUGCAAAAAGAGGAAAUGCAGAGGAAAGAGGACAAAAUUCGGCAUUUAACGGACCAAAAUAACUUUCUUCUAAAUCAAUUGGAAGUUAAUAUGAGGGAGAUCGCCGCUUUACGCAAAAGUCAGUCCUCCGAAAUAAUUGAGACGUUAGAGAAGGAGGUCCAGACCGAAUGGAAUGUCGUUGUCACGGAAUCGAAAGUCGUAGACAGUGCAUUUGCUGGUUCUGAGGCUUCCAUAGCCGAUAUACUAAAACAGACGUCUGACGCCGUAACCAGCAAUACAGGAUAUGUAUUUGAUGAACAAACGGGGCUUUAUUUCGAUAAAAAUAGUGGUUAUUACUAUGAUUCCGAAAAUCAACUUUUCUUCGAACCCAGAAGUGGAAUAUACUAUACCUACAACAGUGAAACCCAGGAAUAUUCUUACCACUCUUCUGUCUCAUCAGAAUUCAGCGAAAAAUUCAAGGCUCUUCAGGAAAAAUGGAGCCGUGAUGGCAAUGAAAAGUUAUCAUCUCAACGAAAGCUAUCGUCACCCCGGAGAUCGCCAUCACCAAGUGAACGCCACAGUCCUCGCAGAAGGCGCUUGAGAUCGAACUCUGCAUCUUCGGAAGCGUCUUCAUAUUAUCGCUAUCGUCGCCGUCGUCGAGGUGCUAGGGAACGUGAUCAUUCCAGUGGUCGGCAUCAUCGUCACCAUCGAAGAAGAUCGCGUUCAAGGUCACACUCCAGGCGCUCGUAUUCCAGAAGCAGCUCUUCGAGGGAUCGAUAUCGGCAUCGAUCUCGUGGGAGGAGAAGUCGGGACCGUUAUCGUAGCUCAUCUUCUUCAUCCCGGUGUCACAGUAGUAGAUAUAGGGAUCGAGAUGCUCCGACUAAUAAAACAAAUGGCACUUGUAUAGCUGCUACUCCAGUUGUCUAUCCUCCUUCUGUGCGUUUGACGGUGCUCGGCUCUGGUCCAAAUGGUCCCGCUGUUGGUUCAGUUGGUGUUCUUACCUCACGAGAUGCUUCUCGUGGCUUGGGUUGUCUAGGUCGGGAUAACCGUUUCUGUCAGCACAUCUUUGAUCUCUCUCAGGAUCCUGAACUUGAUGAAAUUCACUGCGAAAUCACCUUCAAUGAGCUUGAUCAGGUCUACCACCUUAGAGACAAAAAGGCUCUUAGCGGUACCUUCCUCAAUGGAAAUAAAUUAGAUGGGGGUGAAAAGAAGGCAAUAAAACAUGGUGACGUUCUACGUAUUGGAGCGAACAAACUACUGAUACAUAUUCAUCCGGGGAGAGAGACUUGUGGCCAGUGUGAUUCUUCAGAAAUCAAAGCUGCUAUUGAGUCAGAGGCAACCUUAGCUGCUGCAUCGACUACUACCGAGAAACAAUCCCUUUCGCCGAAAGACGCUCCCGUAACAACUAAAAAUGAUGCCGUUAAAGCAAAAUAUGCUUACAAGAAGAAAAAUCGCCGUUCUUGUCCUCGUCAGCGUACUGAUGUAGCGCUUAACGAUCAAUCCCAAUACCAGGAUCGAGCGGCAAUGCGUCGGGCCCGCGAUAAGGCCGUAAGCGCCAGUGCCCAGGCGAUUGUGGGCACUGCUGCUGCUGCUCAAAUUGGUGAUGGUCUCUCCUCUAUGGGUGGUGCGAGUGUACUAACUCCAAUCGAUGAGUCCAACGUGGGUGCUCGCCUUCUCACUAAAAUGGGGUGGAAUAAAGGCGAGGGGUUGGGUCGAGAGAAGGGAGGAAUUGCCGAGCCUAUCUCUGCAAGUAUGCGAUUGGACCAUCGAGCGGGUCUGGGGUUCGGUGUUAAUGCUGUUCCAAUCGAUUCCACUCCCUCAGAGUUGAGACAAGCUCGUGCUCUCUCUGUGACACAAGAACGAUACCGGCAAAUUGAAGAAAGGGAGCGGCAGGGUCAGUCAUAG